AUGCCCCUCUACCCCCUUCUAUGCCUCUUUACACCCCUCCAAUACCUCUCUACACCCCUCCAUUGCCUCCCUAUGCCCCUACCUCUCUACACCCCUCCACUGCCUAUCUACACCUCUCCACUGCCUCUCUACACCCCUCCACUGCCUAUCUACGCCCCUCCAAUGCCACUCUACACCCCUCCACUGCCUAUCUACGCCCCUCCAAUGCCACUCUACACCCCUCCGCAGGACUACUCAGCAAAGCUGACGGACUUCGGCAUGGUGCGGGUGGGUCCCGGGGGUCAACUGCGGUCAAUCGUGUCUACGAGAAUCAUGGGCACCGAUGGUUACAUCGACCCCAGCUACCUUGAAACUGGCCACCUGGGAGCCAAGAGCGACGUCUACUCCUUCGGGGUGAUCCUCCUCGAACUCCUCACCGGGCAGCGCGUACUCGAAAAGGGUAACCAGCUAGUAACCGCGUGCCGGCAGCAGUUCCAGGACCUAGCCCUGCCCUCACGGCUCUACGCGGACCCUAAGUUACAUGGAGAGUACCCCGAGGUGGGGGCCAGGCAGCUGGCAACGCUGGCCAAGCACUGCCUGGCGGAGCAACGGCACGACCGGCCGGACAUGGUGACAGUUCUGCAGCAGCUGAAGGAGAUUAUGGGCAGGACCUAG